AUGAACUCCAAGAUUAUUAAUAUUGCCAUUCUUUUGGUCAUUUUCAGCGCUGUCCUGGUGCACUCUGCCAACCUUAAUGCCUACCCAUUCGAUCUGACCCAAACCAAGACUGCUACAUGGUCCGAUGGAACAAACAAUGUGUUCUCAACCUUUGAUUGCCAUCUUAUUAACUUAUCUGGAAACACAGUGACUCUGACCUCGAUUACUGCCAACAGUGCACCAGUGUCAGUUUGGGGAGCCCUGUCACCAUCCGAGACCACCACCUUUGCCGUCCAGGAGUGGGCUUCAUCCAUCAGUCCCAACGGUACCGUUAGCUUUGGAUACCUUGUCCAGUCCUCCAACGCCAUUUCAUGGACCUACUCUUCAUCCGCAUAA